AUGUUAUUCCCAUGCGUCACUCUGGAGGUCGUAGGCGACUCCGGCGAUGGAUAUGCCAAAGCUCAAAAUCGACACAAUGCAGCAAACGCGCUAUAUAACCUCCGCCGACUAUCAUCCCGGGCAAGGGGUGACAAUUACACACAAGAAUCGUUCGACGGGACCAUUCGUUUCCCAUCUGCAACUGUGUCCCAGGAAUUGUUUACAAUCAGUGCGCACUGGACUGCGUUGUCUAGCGCCUCUGGUGAUGUGUUCUUCUACUCAUACCUACUGAAGUGUUUUGCAGUCCAAUGUAUAUCACUUUCUGAAUGGAAUGAGGCCUCGAGAUGGAUUAAAAAUGCCAUCGAAUUUGUUGUGAAUCUGACUGAAACUCCAAUCAAAGCUGAUCUGAAAGCCAUCCAGGACAACGUCGCUAAUCCACCCAGACCAAAGUUAUUACCACUGCUCCGACCAUCGCCAAUACCGGUCAUUCUUCCUCCCCAACCAAUCUUCAUCCUGCAAAAGGCGCUAAGUUCACUCUCCCCUUUGACCUGA